UCCAAUUCGCAACCAAUUAGAAAAAGGGUUAUUGAGCGGCAUGGCGCUCAAUUCCCUUCUAUAUUGGGAGCCACCAGUGAGCAUCCAAGGGUAUCUCGAAUCAGUCAUGUGAGGGCGUUUUGAAUGGUGGGACGGAGUAUAUGUGGCAACAACCAUGAGCAUGUUUACCCAGAGACAGCAGCCGUGCUGAAAACUCACUCAUUCGGAAUUGAGGGACGCCCCUACCUCUUGUACGGCAUUGCAUCUCUGGGCUUGAAGUACAUAAACCUCCCAUGCAGCAGAAUUUUGCGCGCCUACGUGAGCCUCUCGUACACGUUUAGCAGGCCUCAGACGUCUACACUUGCAGCACGCCGUGAUCCAUGACCAUCAUGGGAGGUUUAAGCCUUGCGUUUCUCGCCUUCACUGGCACAGCGAGUGCAAUGAUUGGGUAUGGUAUUGAGAUGUACAAGCCAAAUUGUGCAUUCGCAUGCCGAAACUCCAUGUCGAGCGUCAUGUUAUCAUGCUCCGAUAUGGACAUGGCGGGUGGACACCAUGGACAUGGAGGAGCCAUGCCAACGUCGCCAGAGUGUUACGCAGAAGACGAACCCUGGCUCACUUCACUGGCCUAUUGCAUCAACGAGACUUGCGAUGACACUGUCGCCCCUUGGGUUUUGGAGAAGUACUGGUUCGAUCAAUGUACCGGCGAUAAGACUGGAGUCCAACCCAAGUGGACGUACCAACAGUCGCUGGAGCAGUUGCAGAACAAGUCAGCACCGACAAAGAAGAUUGGAGAUCUUGGUGAGCAUGAUAUACUGGACUCCACCAUGUUGUAUGACGAUUUCCUGUGGGAAUCCUUUCGGGGAACAUUGUGGGCAUUUGAAAACGCAGAGACACAUCACUCACGUAUGAUCAUCACUCUCAUAACUUUGACGUUUGCCACCCCCAUCUUGCUCUCUCUUGUGGUCCGCCUCCCUUUCAUGACCGGAGUCAUGGACAAACUCAAACCUCGUCUGAUCUAUCCAUCACUGAUCGGUACAUACCACACACGUCCUCUCCCAUUCAACCUGGGCAAUUCCCCUACAGUCGGUCAAGCGUUAUGGAUCGCUGGAUUUGCGGUUGUCAAUGUCAUCCUCACAGCUGUGGGCUACUCUCUUUACACGCCGAAUCUAUAUUUUGAAACCAAGGAAUACCAAAUUCUGUGCUAUGUCGCAGCCCGUACCGGUGGACUGUCAUUUGCACUCGCACCUCUUGUGGUUCUGUUCGCGGGUCGUAAUAACAUCCUCCUCUGGUUAACUAACUGGAGUCACUCUACGUUCAUGCUUCUACACCGCUGGGUAGCACGAUUCUUCACCCUUCACAUAAUUCUACACUCACUUCUCGAACUUGUCCUCUAUCAGAAACAAGGCACUCUCACAGAGAACCAAUCCUCGCCCUACUGGAUCUGGGGUAUCAUCGGCACCAUAGCUUGCAGCAUCAUGGUCGUCACCGCAACGCUCUACUUCCGCCGUCUCAGCUAUGAAAUCUUCCUUAUCAUCCACAUUAUCCUCGCUGUCUUCACCAUCGCCGGUUCUUGGUACCACAUCGAGAUUCGAUUCGAGCGCAAAUGGGGUUACGAAUACUACAUGUACGCUACAUGCGCGGUGUGGUUCUUCGACCGUGUGCUACGUGUUUUGCGCAUCCUCAAGAACGGCAUGCGCAAGGCCCAUGUCACCCAAGUCGCUGACGACAUUAUGCGAAUUGAUAUCCCAGGUCUGAAAUGGGAAGCACAACCGGGUCGCCACACAUACGCCUACUUCCCCACCGUUAACCCCCUCCGACCUUGGGAGAAUCAUCCAUUCUCGGUAAUCCCGACUGCGCUGCUACAAUCGCGAGGACACAGCCUUGGAGUCGUGUCUUCAUCGCAAGGCUCACAGCACUCGUCCACAGCCCCCGAUGACAUUGAGAAGAGUGGCACUUCUACGGUGACGUCUGCACCGGUGGUUACGAGCGCGGCUGGCAUCAGUCUCUUCGUGCGUAGGUCCGCGGGUAUGACACGCGCUCUCAAGGCUCACGCUUCGCUUACUACCUUGCUCGAUGGCCCGUAUCCGAAUAACAAACCCGCUUCGGUGCUCAAGACAGAUCGUUUGGUACUUCUUGCGGGUGGGAUUGGUAUCACGGGUAUUUUGCCUUUCCUAGCUCAUCAUCAUAAUGUGAAGUUGCACUGGAGCGUUAAGCAGAAUACGCAAGGUCUGGUUGAUACUUUGGGUGAAGUGUUGAACAAUGUUAGAGAGAAGGAGAUCAGCGUUGGGAGGUUUGAUCUGGAAGGGAUCUUGGCCAAAGAGGCCCAAACUGGAUGGGGAAGGAUCGGUGUUGUUGUUUGCGGUCCUGGCGGCAUGUGUGAUGAGGUACGGAGCAUUGUCGCGAGAAAGGGGAGGGAAGGUAAAGUGGUGUGGGAGCUAGAUGUCGAGGCAUUUUCCUGGUGA